AUGGGCAACCCCGCCAGUGACGAGCGCCUCGAGUUUGCCAAUCUUGGUGUCGAUUGCGGAAACAACAGGACUUGGCACGUUUGCAAGCACUGUGACCAGGUAUACAGGAAUUCAAAGCAGAUUGACGGGACGUACAGCCUUCCGGAACCUAAGCGAAUAAAGGGACGAAUCGAGAAUUUCAAAAGCCACCUCAAGCGCUGCCCAGCCUACAUUGGCUAUGUCCAAGCCAACACGACUUCCAACACGCCUCUCGAAUACGUCGGUAGCAGUAACGAAGUUGCUGGGGAAAUGAGUGCAAAACGACAACGGACAAUCGAUGAGUUUUACGUCGGCAUCUCACAGGCUGACGAAAUGAAGCUUUUGAUACGUUAUAUACUUGAGUUCCAGGCAGACAAUAAUCUCCCUGAUAGUUUCAUUGAGCGACAGACCACUGCUCGGAUGCUGCGCCAUGCGAACAAGAUGUCUGGUGGAAUUGACCCUCUUCCGAAACGCAAGACGUUCGGGGGACCAAUACUAGAUGAAUAUGCUAAGGCUUGUGAAGACCACGAAAGUUCAGCUCUGAGCCGGUGCCAAGCCAAGACAGGAGGCCGCGUGAAUUUCUUAUCUGAUGUCUGGAUGAACAUCGCACGAGCUCACUUGCUGGGCUGCCAGUUGGCGUUAUUUGGAAUAGUAUUGGCCUACGGACUUUUACCUACUGGUUCCCGUCACGAUGGGGUAGCCAUAGCUGAACAAAUGGAGAAGGUGAUGAUAAAAAUGCAGCAAGAAGGCUGGAAAAUUGGGGCGGUGGUUACGGACAAUGCGGGACAAUGCGACAAGCGGCUAAAGCGAUUUUAG